UCUGAGAAAAAUGGAAGUCAUUUCAACCAAGAAAUUUAUCCUAUUUGCUUUAGCUACAGUGGUCUUUCUAACAUCAAAUGGUAUGUGCCUAGAUGAGCUGAUGAAGUCCAGUCUGCAGAACACAGAAGACUAUGAUGAUAAAUAUUACGAGAUUAAAGAUAAUACCUUGGAAGAAAAGCAGAGGAGUCUCAAUUUUGAGGAAACAGAAGAUUGGGAACCAAAAAAUAUCAUUAAAAUGAACCCUCCUACAGUAUACAAGAUGCCAAAUUCAGUUGCUAAUUUGCCUCUCAGGUUUGGAAGAAAUAAUCCAGAAGAAAGAAGCAUUAGACCCAUUGCUAAUUUGCCUCUGAGAUUUGGGAGAGCUUUUGGAGAGAACAUAGCUAGGCAUGCUGCAAAGGUGUCACACAGGCUUGGGAGAUCUCCGUUUGCUAAAAGUUCCAGCAAAUCACUUCUAAAUUUGCCACAGAGAUUUGGGAAGUCACUGCCUGGCAGUCUGCCUCAAGAUGUUCAGGAAUUUGAAGCAGGGAUAUGAAUUCAAACUGUUACACUAACACUGGAUUGAAAUAAUGAAGACAGAAUCUGAAAGACUUGGGAAAGCUCCAAUGUGUUUUCAAAACUGAAGUCUGUGGGAAGGAAAUGUGAGAACUGAAGUGCAAACCUGUCUUCACGUUACAGAUAACAUAUUUAUUCUGGGCAAACCCUUGAAUGUAGAAGGCAAUGAUAAUUGUAGUGACUGCUGUAGUAGUUUGCUUCAGUGGCAGUGUAGUAUAAAUGCUGUUUACUUCUGUGCAAUUGAUGUUCUGUUGGCUGUAAAGCCUAAUUUCAGAACAAUGGCUGUAUAAAUGAAAGCAUUUUAAGCAAAAUUAAAAUAAGCAUAGUAUGAAUAAAGAGGCA